AUGCAAGCAAAACUCACCAAAAGACCAACUCAUCACUCUCAACCUUACCAUUAUAAGGGACCAGGAACUCAAUGUUGGCAUUCAAUCCACCAAGAAAAGCCAACUGAUUACUGUGAUGAAUGUGUUUGGAUGGUCCAGACUUGCAGAGUCCUAGCAGCCUUGCCUGAAGAAAAGCUAACACAAUUGGAAACAGAAGCUAAGAUUCGAGCUAGAGUCAGACUCUCACCAUUGGAAAACAUUACAGCACCUUUCCCAACCAACUGGCAGCAAUUAGGAGCCAUUUCUUUUCAACUUUGGACUCCAGGCACCAGACCUCCCACUUUGUCACAUGGAGGGUAUGUGUUGUAUUCCAAUCAGGACGCCCAAGUCCAAGGAUCAAGAACUCUAACUACAGGCAUAGGACUCAAGUUACCUCCCAACACAACAGCAUUACUAAUUGCUUUAGAGGAACCAACCAAUUAUGUAGUCACUAAUCUAAUUACAGACGCUGAGUUCCGAGUAUCAGUGCAUGUAAUUGCACCAUUCCCGACCUUGAUCAGUGCAAAACAAGCAAUAGCAAGAAUCGUCCUAGUGCAAACUAUCAAUCCAGCUCCAGAAUUAGUAGCAGCAGGACAGAAAGUGCAAGAACAACCCUCUCCGUUCCUAAAGACACUCAAUCCCGACCAAGAUCAGCAAAUCGAAGACUUAUUGAAACAGUACGAAGACAUAUUUGCUGUGGACCUCAAAAGUUUAGGCCAAACUACCAUCAUCCGUCACCGAAUCGAUACGGAAGAAGGGAAAGUCACUUUUUCUAAGAAGUACAAACAAUCAUGGGAAAGCGAAGAUUUCAUCACAGCAGAAGUUGGAAGAAUGUUGGAAGCCAACAUAAUCAAGCAAUUAGAAAUCGAUACUGAUGAGAAUACGCCAUGCACACCAUUUGCAUCUCCGGUAGUAGUUGUAGGAAAGAAGGAUGGUAGCAAACGAUUUUGCGUGGAUUAUAGAAAGCUCAACAAAAUCACUGUAACAAACUCAUACCCAUUGCCCAUUAUCCAUGAUAUCUUUUCUAAUAUUGCUAAGCGAGGAUUACAGCCUAAGUAUUUCUCAGCUCUAGACUUAGCAAGCGGGUAUUGGCAA